ACCCUCGCCACCCCCGACCCCAAGACUGGUCAGCGGCUCCCUAACCCCGGGCUCGCAGGCUGAUGACCCUGGGAGACAGGGGCCUCGAGGGGCCGCAAACUAGCGCGCCGCGGGCUGAGCCCGAGAGGCCAGGCUGGGGGGAGGGAGGCCCGGAGGGAGGGAGUGAAGGAAGGAGGAGGGCUGGCGAGCUGGAGCCGGCAGGCGGCGGGAGCCCGGGCGAGCCUCGUCGGGAGUGCGUCUCCUCGGCAGAGCAGGACGCAGCCAGAGUGCCUUCCCCAGCUCUCCCUGAACCGUAUCACUAAGACCAGAACCCUCCUGCUCUCUCCCAUCAGAGGGAAACUGAGGCUCUGGACCAGGGGAGGAGACCCAAAGUCUCCUAGUGAGGUAGCUGAAGGGGUGAAAACCCAGGCUUAGAUAAGUAGGCUGAGCACAAAGACCACAAAGUCCAGGAGAAUGGCAUGCAGGAGAAGGGCUCCUGCUUUAAUGUGAGUCCCCAAGGAGGAACACAUCACACUGUCUGUCUCCCAUUAGCAACUGAAGAGAGACCUAGGGACAUGGAGACAGGGCUGGGUAGUUCUGAGCAUGGGCUAUUAUAAGCACAAAACUUGGAAUUCCAAAGCAGGGAGAAAAGGCUAAAAGGAAUGGAGACCCUUCCAUGUAGUCUGCAAGUAGAUGAGGUCUUAUGCCUGUGGGUAAGGGGGCAUCUGACUUAAGGCAAGGGAAUGCUCUGAAUGACCCCAGCGACCCUCAGCAUCAGUCAUUUCCAUAGUUUCAAGGGAAAGGGGGUACAAGUGAGCCAAGCACAGCACAGGCCUAAUGCUUGCUCCUCAUCUCAUCCUCCCUCACAGCUUGUCCAGGUGACUGAGCUCCACCCCUGUGCACCAAGACACCCACCCCACCCCCCACUGGUCAAGCCUCGCUGGAGAAAGAGACCGGGAAGUCCCAGCAUGAGAAUCAGAGCUGCCCAGCCAGCUUCAUAGAUGGGGAAGCAGCCUGCUUGCCUCCCCCAUCAAUUACAGGGAUAACUGAGAAAAAGCCCCACCCAAUAUGGAGGCUGAGGACUACCGCCUCUAUUAAUUCCCUGCCUUCUCCCCUGCCCUGCCCACCUGGCCUUAGCUGGGUCACUCAUGCAAUGCUGAGAAGUAAGCAAGACUUGGGGUCAGCUUGCCUGGCUACCAGGCAAGGACUGUGGGCAUCAUGGGGGUGUGUGUGAGCGGGGCUCCAGGGUGAGACCUAGCCCCCGCCCCCAGGAAUUCAAGGGGGUGGGGGUGGGGCCGAGGAUAGAAUGGCUCGGGGAGGGUUGGGGGCAGAAGAGGCCUCCCUACGCUCAAACGCAUUGUCCUGGCUGGCCUGUGGGCUCCUGGCCCUGCUGGCCAACGCUUGGAUCAUCCUUAGCAUCUCAGCCAAACAGCAGAAACACAAGCCACUGGAGUUACUGCUCUGCUUCCUGGCCGGUACUCAUAUACUCAUGGCGGCUGUGCCCCUUACCACCUUUGCUGUGGUGCAGCUCCGGCGCCAGGCUUCCUCUGACUAUGACUGGAACGAGAGCAUCUGCAAGGUCUUUGUGUCCACCUACUACACGCUGGCCCUGGCCACCUGCUUCACGGUCGCCUCGCUCUCCUACCAUCGCAUGUGGAUGGUGCGAUGGCCCGUUAACUACCGCCUCAGCAACGCCAAGAAGCAGGCGCUGCAUGCCGUCAUGGGCAUCUGGAUGGUCAGCUUCAUCCUCUCCACGCUGCCCUCCAUCGGCUGGCACAACAACGGGGAGCGCUACUAUGCCCGAGGCUGCCAGUUCAUAGUCUCCAAGAUCGGCCUCGGUUUUGGUGUCUGCUUCAGCCUCCUGCUUCUUGGGGGCAUUGUCAUGGGGUUGGUCUGUGUGGCUAUCACAUUCUAUCAGACACUGUGGGCCCGGCCCCGGAGGGCUCGGCAGGCCCGGAGAGCGGGGGGCAGUGUGGGCACCAAAGCAGGGGGGCUGGGGGGGUUGGGUACCCGGCCAGCUUUUGAGGUGCCAGCCAUUGUGGUGGAGGAUACUCGAGGGAAGCGGCGGUCCUCGCUGGAUGGCUCUGAAUCUGCCAAGACAUCCUUGCAGGUCACCAACUUGGUCAGCGCCAUCGUCUUUCUCUAUGACUCACUCACGGGGGUGCCCAUUUUGGUGGUGAGCUUCUUCUCCUUGAAGUCAGACUCAGCUCCGCCAUGGAUGGUGUUGGCAGUGCUGUGGUGCUCCAUGGCACAGACACUGCUCCUGCCCUCCUUCAUCUGGUCCUGUGAGCGCUACCGUGCAGAUGUGCGCACAGUGUGGGAGCAGUGUGUGGCGAUCAUGUCCGAGGAUGACGGUGAUGACGAUGGCACCUGUGACGACUACACAGAUGGCCGAGUGUGCAAAAUUCGCUUUGAUGCUAACGGGGCCACAGGGUCAGGGAGUCGGGACCCCACCCAGGUGAAGCUGCUGCCUGGGCGGCACAUGCUCUUCCCACCGCUGGAGAGAGUACACUACUUACAGGUCCCUUUGUCCCGACGAUUAUCCCACGAUGAGACCAACAUCUUUUCUACUCCUCGGGCACCAGGCUCCUUCCUGCACAAGUGGUCCUCAUCGGAUGAUAUCCGGAUCCUCCCAGCCCAGAGCCGAGCCCUCGGAGGCCCUCCAGAAUACCUGGGACAGAGACACAGGCUGGAGGAUGAGGAGGAUGAGGAAGAGGCUGAAGGCGGGGGCUUGGCCAGCCUUCGACAGUUUCUAGAAAGUGGGGUUCUGGGGUCGGGUGGGGGACCCCCACGAGGUCCCGGUUUUUUCCGGGAGGAGAUCACCACCUUCAUCGAUGAGACACCUCUGCCUUCUCCAACUGCGUCACCAGGACCCUCUCCUCGUAGGCCUAGACCACUGGGUUUUUCACCUCGACGGCUCUCCCUUGGGUCUCCGGAUAGCCGAGCCGUUGGACUUCCUUUGGGGUUAAGUGCAGGAAGACGCUGUUCCCUGACCGGGAGCGAAGGGAGUUCAAGGGCUUGGGGAAGACCCUGGGGGCCAGGUAACCCCAUCUUCCCCCAGUUGACCCUGUGAGGCCGCAUAGGCCUGCUUCACUGGAGGGGGGGGGGAGGCACGAGCGAGUGAGUAUGCCUCAUCCUGGCCCUGAGUCUAUGGCAGCUGCCUCCAGGGAGAUGGGGGGGGGGGGGCCUACAUCCGGGCUCUAGAGCCCCAGCUCUCUCCCAUCCAAGUGACCAGAUACCCAACGCACCCGUCUUCACCCCUAGCAAAAUGUAUUAAAAGGCUGAGUUGCCGUGGAAA